ACGUCAUGUGACGUGAAGGCGGAAGCUAUCCCGUAAACACACUUUAUUUGUUAUUCUGGUACUUGUUCGCUCAACAUUAGACACGUUGUACAUGGUUAGUCAUGUCCUCGAGCCACACAAAGGACUCCAGCUUUCUGGGAGGAAGGAUACCAGCAGAAAUCGAGUCCCUGUCGAAAAACCUGAAGGAUGUUGACCAAGAGAUGUUCAGAACAACACUGAAAGCUGUGGUCAGCGCCCUGGAGGGGAAGGACUGCAGGGAGGUGAUGAAGUCCAUAGCGGAGAGCAGCCCCAUCCCCCAGGAGAGGCUCGGCCACAUCGUGGCUGGGAUGUACAGAGUGCUGUCUGAGGCCAUCCGCAUCCCCACAUCAUCACUGAAACAGGAGGCCUUCAGAGAAGAUCUUAGAGAACUAAGGAUACCUGAAGACUUUAUCACAGAUUUCUCCAGUGUGGUUUUUGGCAACAGGCGUGCAGCUCUAGAUGCAGCGACCUCCCGGAAUGACCCACACCUUCCCAAGGUAGAAGACUUUAAAUGGAGGGUGGACGUCGCUAUUUCCACAAGCUCUUUAGCCAGGGCCCUGCAGCCUUCUGUUCUGAUGCAGAUGAAACUAUCAGAUGGGAGCUUUCAACGCUUUGAGGUGCCUGUGUCUAAAUUCCAGGAGCUCCGGUACAACGUGGCUCUGAUUCUCAAAGAGAUGAACGAUCUAGAGAAGAGGAACAUUCUCAAAAUCCAAGACUGAUUUACCACGGUGGCCUGUUCAUUAAUCUGUUAUUUUAAUCUGCCUGUCACGGUGUUCUGAUUUCAUGGUGUUUGGCAUCCGACGAUCUUAACUGCUGACAGAGUGCAAAAUGAUGAGAAUGGUUAUCCAGCUGGCAGCACCACAGGAGUACCAAACUGAAGACAAAAUGACAAGGACUCACAGUCUUUAUUUAAAAAGAAAUCUAUCAAAAUAGACAGAACUUUCUUUUUCUUGCCUUGUAGUAAACUGUACAUGUUAGCAUUAUUAGAUUCCGAGGUUGUUGUGAGAGUUGAGACGGCUGCAAAGCCUCUGAAUUGUGCCAAAAUACAAAUGCAGUCAAUUGAGCACUCAGACUCUCUCUUACUCAGUAGCCACUCUAACUGGUGUCAUGCGGUCUGGUCUGAACAUUUUGUCCCGAUGCUUCUGAAACAUGAGCAUUCACAAUUCAAUGAAUAAACCUUUUUCUACUCAUGUUUUUUAUACAUGUAUGUCAAACCACUGACAGAACAAAAAUGUUUACUUGUCUUUUUGGUUGUAAGCAUUGU